AUGAGUGCCUCGGAUCUCCAAGCACUCCUCCGCUUCCUCUCCCAAGAUGCAAAGGUACCUCUGGCGUCCGCUAUGGGCAAAGUCAAGCAACUACAAACAGCAAACCUGGACACCCCUGAAAAGAUCUCAAAGGCCAAACCAAACGACAUCAAAUCCAUCUUCGAAGAUGAAAAAGUAGCAAAACAAAUCCUCGCGGCAGCUAAACGAGUCACCAAGAAACGAGCAACCGGUGGCGAAGACACAACAACCUCAUCUCCAGCAAAGAAACGCAAAAAGGACGGACCGCUCUUGUUCAGCGACCCCGAUGCUUCGCCCGCGGAUAUCGAAGCUUCCCUCGCCCUCCCCUCAUCUUCCGCCACAGAAGAGGAGUUGAAAGAAACAGUCCUCUUCACCAACCGCGCCCCCUUAGCGCUAGCGUUCGUCUUCACGCUCCUGAAGUUCUCAAUGCCAGAGCAGCCUCUGUCCAGCCGUCUGAGUUUAGCGCAAGGGUAUAUUGGCGUCACGAGUAAGGCGAGAGCGCUGAGUUUGGGGAUUGAGAAGGGCAGGAGUGCAGAGGAGGAGGGGUUUGGGGAAGGGCAGCCUGUUGUGCGGAUUACGGGAAAGGAGGUUAGGGUGUUGAGGAGGUGGGGGUAUGAGUGGAAGAAGGAUUCAAAGGAGCAUGGUGGGGAUGAGGUGGCGAAGGGAGAUGAGGGUGGUGAGGAGCAGCCGCCGCUUUGGGCGUUGGAUCUCGAGGCGCUGAAGAAGUCGAAUACGCUUGAUUCUGCGCCGGCGCUGGGACGGGCGAGUGGUGGUGAUGGUGGGUUGACGAAUUUGCCGAUUCAUACGCCGCAGGCGGCGAGAGCGUAUAUGCUUAAGGCUUUUGAUACUGCGCCCAGUGAGCAGGUGGAGACGGGGAAGAAGCGAUCUGGUGCGGCGAAAGUGGCAGAGAAGGAGAGAAAUUUAGGAAAGUUGCUUCAGGCGCUUGAUAUUCUGUAUCGGUCUUGGGCUACUGCACUCAGUCCAGAAGACCUCGACAAAAGGACAUGGGGAUGGUAUGUCCGGGUACGCCCAGCGGUGGCAGAGGGUGCGCAAGGCUGGGGAGGCAAGAAUACUGUCAAGUUGGCGGACAUACUGGCAUUGCGGAGGGAGGCGACAUGA